CCGCUGAGGGAGAAGCGGGUGGUACCCACGCCACGCCCCUCCCUCCCACGGGACAGCCCGUUCUCCGACCAGGUCUUCCUCCGGGGUUCCCAAGUGAACCCGGUCUUUUCCUCCAGAAACCAGAGCCAGAAAAGGCUGCUGGGACCGGAUUCGGUUAACGUCCCACCCAAUCCCCCCCCAGCCCGUUGCGCGUGUACGCGCGGCGCGUGGACACACACACACACACACACACACACACACACACACAGCAUCCAGGCAGCUGCUGAUUGGCUGCAGGGAGCGGCGUCCCGGCCGGGUUUCUGAGGCGGGAGCUGAGCGGUCCUGGAGGGAGGUGCCCCUCCCGCGUCCCCUGCGCCCUGCCGAAGAGCGGAGCUGCUGAUCCAGGAGGACAGGUGCCCAGCCGCCGCCGAGGACACCGGCCCGGUGGUGGAAGCCGGUCCCGCGGUGAGACGGUCCCGCCCCAGCCUGCUGCCUGGUCCCCAGCCUCUUGGCAGCUGUGCCGAGCCCGGCCCGGCUAGGGGCGCGCUCAUGGAGCACACGCACGCCCACCUCGCCUCCAACAGCUCGGCUUGCAGCUUGGGCUUCGUGCCGGUGGUCUACUACAGCUUCUUGCUGUGCCUUGGGUUACCAGCAAAUAUCUUGACGGUCAUAAUCCUGUCUCAACUGGUGGCCAGGAGGCAGAAGUCCUCCUACAACUAUCUUCUAGCACUUGCUGCUGCUGACAUCUUGGUCCUCUUUUUCAUCGUUUUUGUGGAUUUCUUGUUAGAAGAUUUCAUUUUGAGCAUGCAGAUGCCUCCGAUCCCUGACAAGAUCAUAGAAGUGCUGGAGUUCUCCUCCAUCCACACCUCCAUUUGGAUCACAGUCCCCUUAACAGUUGACAGAUAUAUUGCCGUCUGUCACCCACUCAAAUACCACACGGUUUCCUACCCAGCCAGGACCCGGAAAGUCAUUGUGAGUGUUUACAUCACCUGCUUCCUGACCAGCAUUCCCUACUACUGGUGGCCUAACAUCUGGACUGAAGACUACACCAGCACCUCCAUUCACCAUGUCCUUGUCUGGAUCCACUGCUUCACCGUGUACCUGGUGCCCUGCUCCAUCUUCUUCAUCCUGAACUCAAUCAUUGUGUACAAGCUUAGAAGGAAGAGCAAUUUCCGCCUCCGUGGUUAUUCCACAGGGAAGACCACCGCCAUCUUGUUUACCAUCACCUCCAUCUUUGCCACCCUCUGGGCCCCCCGCAUCAUCAUGAUUCUCUACCACCUGUAUGGCACACCCAGGCAGAAGACUUGGCUGGUCCACAUCAUGUUGGAUGUUGCCAACAUGCUGGCCCUACUGAACACAGCCAUCAACUUCUUCCUCUACUGCUUCAUCAGCAAGCGGUUCCGUACAAUGGCAGCUGCUACCCUCAAGGCCUUGUUCAAGUGCCAGAAGCAGCCUGCACAGUUCUACACCAACCAUAACUUUUCCAUAACAAGUAGUCCUUGGAUCUCACCAGCAAACUCACACUGCAUCAAGAUGCUGGUAUACCAGUAUGACAAACAUGGAAAGCCUAUAAAAGUAUCUCCGUGACCGCAUAGGGCUGGCACUCGUGCCUCUGUGUAAUCUGUUUCCAGAUGAGAGGGUGUCCCAUCCUCUGGCUGAACAGCUCUCCUUAAGAGUGCUAACCUGAUUUCCUAUCUCCACAGACUGAGCAGCUCUCAGACUGGCAGAUGAGAAGAGAUGGAAGAGAAGAAAGGAAAGCAUGAAUCUUGUUUUUCUUUUGUGCACUUAGUUUCACAAAAUCACACUGACAGCCAAAGUUCCUGCUGGCUUGAAGAUCCCAAUGGCAGUUAUAAAUGCCGUCAUAUUGUGACCAAUAAAGACCAUGGUAGAGGAGUAGUUAGUGCUGGUACCAUCCACAGCUACUAGGAACUAACCGCUCAUGUGUGUAGCUGAUGAGGUCAUCCAUCAUUUCCCUGUGCCAUUGCCAGCAGCUAACAAGGCUGACUGUUUUGGGGUUGUUUUUUUUUUUUUUUUCCAAGGUGCCCUUUGUCCAAGACAGGGUUGUAGUCUCCAAGUGGCCCUGGCAACUCUGGCUGCAGAAUGACAGCAUGGGGGAAAAAAAGUAUCAAAUACCAUCCAAACUGUUGUAGGAAUGUCUAUGGGCGGAUCCAAACCGACAUGACUAUGUCCCUUAGACUUGGGGUCUAAGGGGCAGUUUUCUAUUUGCCAUAAUGUAUAGAUUUUAUGUCUCCUCUAAAACAAAGACCCUGCCUGGUGCGUGGGGGAAAGGAGGAGUACUUGAGCCCAGAAAAACAAAAAAUCAAACCCACUCUUGCCACUGUUUCAAUUCAUCCCUGUGUCAGCUGUAUGCGACCCUUGCAUUCAAAAUCACUUCCUACUGUGGCACUGCGCAUGCUUCCCAGAGAAGCCUCCUAUGCGUCAAGUUUUAGUUCUGCCUCUUGCUUGCUCAAGCUCCUGCCAAAACUGUUCAGUCAUGGGGGGGUCAGAAACUGCAGCUCUUCUGGUGGGUAAGGGGUGUCUAGCUCCCACCACAGCCCAGCUGGCAUCGCCAUGGAGGACCUCAAAUACAAACAAAACUGAUCCAGAGGGGUGGCUGUGCCAACCACUGGUAUGUCCUUUGAUGUAAGUGGCUCAGUUAGGUGGUGCCAAUUAUCAUUAAAGUCGUUCAACUCAGAUGCUUCAAAGAUGAUAAAAUAUAUUUAUUAUUCUCCCCUUGCCCAUUCAAGGUAGGAAUGAGUCUAGGAUGCGGAUAGGGGCUUCCUGGAGAAUUAACACUUGUAUGUACAGAUGUAUAACACACACAUACACACAUGAGUGUAUUGACUGUGUCCUGAGGUGUGCUUUAAAGAAGAUAAGAAAGCUAGAGUUCCUCUUGUUUUGCAUUUUAUUUGUGCCCCUUUUCAAGAUUCCCAGCAUUUGAACCCAUCCCUGGUUCGGAAGAAAUCUUUAAAAUGAUUUUUGAAACUGCAUGAUAUUUUUGGUGACCAACCUAAACAGUGAGCUGGAACACUUGGUUCCACAGGCUUGAUUUCUACUGCAUUUUCUUCCUAAAUCGGAAGGCAUGUGCCUAUCACGUUAAGGGGUCUUCAACAAAGAAAUGGGAUGGAAAGGUCCCCGGGGCAACACAAGUCCUAAACUUCCACCAAGGCCCUUCAGUCCUAACCCAGUGGAACUUGGGGUCGUAUCGCUCCUGCUGGUGUUCAUUCCUAUCCCUUUCAAACGACUUAUGGGAGAGUCUCACCAAACCCAAUGGUUACAUUCUAAAGUCAGUGCAAAAGGGAAUGACUUUCUGGUUCCUGUACCUAGUCCUCAGGGAAGAGGACCUAUGAACACCCAAGAAGCUGCAUUUUUCUCCAGUGUUGGGACAGGCUGCUGAUACUUGGGUUGAAGAUAAUACAGAGUCAGCUGGUGGCAGGGGAUGUGUCCUGCUAUGGUGGUAUAUCUGAGAACAGCAGGACAACCGGGACACAGCAAGCCACUCCCACUGAAAGGUCUGCAGAAGUUACUCACGUGAGGGAUGAGCAGAGUCCUAGCUUCCAUCUUGCUUGCUCCCCAGACCAUAUGCUCAGUCCGUGAAACGAGAACAAACUCUCCCACAUCACUUGAAUUGCAUUUCUUUCUUUCUUUUUCCCCAAGCAUGUCCAACUGAAUGUAUGUUCAUUAGCUGUGUGUACGACACACUUCCACUGCACCCGCCCCAUAAGCAACAUUAACCAAAGGCUACCUAUCCUGAAUAUAUAUUAUAUAUGUGUGUGCGUUUAUUUAUUUUUUAAAACGUAUAUCUCUGAAAAUGUUAGUUUGAGCUAUACAUAAAUGAUUCAAAGUGCAAUAUCUAUAAAGGUUAAGCAAUUCCUUUUUGAGAAUGUACACAAGAUGAAGGGCAAGUCUUUGACUCUCAGUGCUGUCUGCCGUGUGUUUUAAUUGUAUGUAAAACAUAUUAAUUAUUUAAAAGCUGGGUGUGCAGUGGGAAUGCUUUGCACAGAUUCUCACUUAGUACUUUUCUUAACAGUAGUUUCUACCAGGUCGUACGGUGUCAUCUCCUUCUUCUGACAACAUUUUCUAUCUCUCUAAGUCAUUUUUUAAGCUAAUCUAUGAAAGCACUCCAGAUAGUUGCUACAUCUUCUGUUUAAAAUACACACGGAUACCCUUUGGGUAUAUAUAUAUAUAUAUAUAUAUAUAUAUAUAUAUAUAUAUCCACCUAUACAUGUAUGUAUAUAUACAUAUGUACUUAUGUAUGUAUACGCCUAAAGUUUAUUUAAGAUUUCGGGAUGCCAGAAGGAACAUUCAUUUAUUAUUGAUAUUCAUAAUAACAGACAAUAGUGAAGAUGCUUUCUUUCUAACUUUAAACAUUGCAAGCCUUUUCUCUCAGGCCGGGUUUGGGGAUGAAGCCUUGACUAUCGAAGCCUGUCACAUAAACAGCUGCUGCUAAGGGCCACCACCUUAGCCUGGGUUUUUGUGGUGCUUCUUUCAAAGACUGUUCACUAUCACUCCCAUCGCUGUAUGGUUUGUAUCCUUGGACGUGGCGACAGCGCCACACAUGGGUACAUGCCAAGUCUUUUUCUUAGCAAGUAGAAGCCUGAAAAAGGAGACUGAGGGGAAGGGCAGACAAACCAUAGAUGACAAGCCAUGUGACUGCAUGAACACCCGUGUUCCAAACACCUUGCAAUAGGAAAGGGUUAUUUUGUACAGUUGGUGCCUACCUGUUCAACCUGGGGAGCCCUUUGGAAGUGCAUAAACGACUCUAAUGUUGACUACUACUGCUCAAAAAUGGAACAGGAGGCUACCACCGAAAAAUAGUAAAUGCUCAUAUUUUUUUAACUAGAUAAUUUAUUGUGUUUGGACUAGUUUGUAUUCUAAUAAAUUCUAAUAUGGUGCGCACUUGGUGUUUGCUGUUUGCAUAUGUGUUCAACCAACUGCAGAAUGCUGGGGUUUUAUUCAUAUUAUUUUUAAUUGAUAAAAUCAUAAUUGUAUACAGUUAUGGGGUGCGAUGUGAUGUUUUGAUAUAUGUAUUAAAUGUGCAAUGAUUAAAUCAA